AUGAAUAGAUUUGAAGAAGCAUUGGAGUGUUAUGAUUCAGCUAUUCAGAAAAACCCAGAAAAUGCAGAUUAUAUUUUGGGCAAAGGUAUUAAUUAAUGUUGCAUAUUUUCUUAGCGGAAAUCUUAAAGAAAAUGAAUAGAUUUGUAGAAGCAUUGUAGAAUUAUGAUUCAGCUAUUCAGAAAAACCCAGAAAAUGCAGAUUAUUAUAAUAACAAAGGUAUAAAUUAAUGAUGCAAAUGUUCUUAGCGAUUACAUUAAUCUCAAUGUAUAGUUAUGAAGAAGCAUUGGAGUAUUAUGAUUCAGCUUUUCAGAAAAACCCAGAAAAAGCGGAGUAUUAUAAUUGCAAAGGUAUAAAAUAACGAUAUAUAUUUCCUUAGCGAUUGCCUUAGACAACAUGAAUAGAUUUGAAGAGGCAUUGAUAAAAAAUGAUUCAGCAAUUUAGAAAAACCUAUUAAAUUCAGAAUAUUUGAAUAGGAAAGGUAUAUUUAAUAAUUUAAGUCUUCUAGUUUCUUCUGAGAGAUCAUUUUGUUAAUAACAAUACCAAUUAGUAUUCUAAGAUUUCGAUUUUGGAUCUAUACAACAAACCAAGUAUUAUGUUAAUUGA